AUGGGAAAUAACGUCUCAUCAGUCACAGGGGUCAAAUCACCCAAUUUCUACGAACAAGGCAACGGAAUCAACGAGAUCUGGGUCAAAGACCUCGAAGUGGUGUCCAGGUUGCCCUUCGGAGAUUCAGAUCUGGGUCAGGCCGGCUGGCCUGUUGGAGGUUGGCCCAAAAUCCCCUGGCAUCAAUUCAUCAUUCCGUUGAAGCGUGAUCUUGCGGGAAACAUCCAAAACAACUUUAACGAAACGAUGGAAUACGCAGAGAUGGACUACUGCAUACCACAGGACAACGCCUGUCACUGCCUGCCGAAAUUUACUGAGGUCGGAUAUAUGGGAAUGUACCACAACUGGGAUAUCAAACACGCUGCGUGGUUCUCAACAAUUUUGAUGCUCGCGGGGCAUGUGACUUUGUAUUUGCUUCAAAAUUCGAUGCAGUGGAAUGUUGUUUGCUUGAAACUUCAUGCGCUUUACCCAAGUCCUGCUGAAUAUAGCACAUACUUGGACUGCCUUCGUACAGGUCGACUCGAUCCCCCUACAGGUCGACUCGAUCCCCCCAAUCGCAUUCCAAGGUGGCGUCACCUGAAAUCGUGGCUUUGGCGGUUUUGCUUGCGCAAGUUCCUCAUGCUUGUCUUUGGCACAAUCUGCGUGGUAUUCGCCAUCCCAGGUUUAGCAUUUGCCUUUAAAGCGUAUACAGGCCCUCAGGUGCUCGUGAUCAUCCUCGUAUAUGUUGCAUGUAUGUUGGGGCAACUGGCUGUGAUGGUAUUCGGCAGACUGAUGGCAGAAUUCUACUGGCAUUUUCGCUUUGAAAAGUGGACUGACAGUGUUGACCCGGAGGUCGAAGGCGCAGUAGCCGUGGAAAGCUCCCAACAUCCUACCGUGACUCCUUUGGUGGUCCUUGUCGACAACAAUACCCUGCCCACCAACACCAACACUCAAGAGGCGAAAGCGGAGCUAUGA